UACCAGGAGUUUGUCUGGGCCUGGUGAAGGCGAAUCUUACCGAAGGCUGCAAUGCAGGGCUCCGUGAUCCGGCGUACGCAGGAGUUGCUGGGGCGCGUGAUUCGAAAACCGCCUCUUACGGAGCGCCUUCUCAGCAAGCCCCCUUUUCGCUACCUGCACGACGUGAUCGGGGAGGUAAUUAGAUCAACUGGUUUCAUGAAAGGAUUGUAUACAGAAGCAGAGAUGAAAUCUGAUAAUGUUAAGGAUAAAGAUGCUAAAAUCAUCUUUCUUCAGAAAGCAAUUGAUGUGGUCAUCAUGGUGACAGGAGAACAUUUGGCAGUGAAACCUGCACGUGUUGUUGCAGGAUAUGAACCUGAAAAAACAAAUGAAUUUCUCCAAGCAAUUGCUAAAUGCUGUCUCAAUAAGCUUUCCAGUGAUGAAGCUGUUCAGAAAGUACUUGCUGAAGAAAAAACUGUUAAAGAAAAGACACCUUCAUCUAAAUCUCAAAACAGAGAAUCUAAAACAGAAGAAUGUAGAUCUCAUAAAGAGGGAAGAAGUGACUCUGAAAUAAAAGACAAAAGCACAAUUCAGGACCAAAAAGUUAAAGAAGAAUUGAAAGGGGAAGAAACCAAGCAAAGAGAAAGUGAAAAACAUAAAGAUUAUGAAAAUCAUCCCAAUAAUUUUGAUAAAACUGUUAAUGAAAAUGAAAAACAUGAAAAAGAGAGACUCAAGAAUAGAUUGUCCAAAUCAGGAAGAGAGCCAGAGAAAAUUAGAGACAAAGAAAAAGGAGAAGGGGAAGGAGAAAAAGAAGAAUAUGAUAAAGAAAGAGACAAGGAAAAGAAACAAUAUGAGGGAGGAAGAGAAAAAGAGAGAUUACGAGAAAAAGAUAAACCUAAAGACAGGGAUAAAGAUUGUGAGAAAGUCCGAGACAGGGGUAAAGAAAAAGACAAAAGGCGGGAAAAAGGUAAAGAUAUAGAAACAACACGAGAAGAAAGAAAAGACAAAACAGACAAAAAGCCCACAGGAUCUGAAGAGAAUAUUUCUAAAAAACUAGCAGAGAAGUCUAUAAAUAAAGAUCAAACUGAAUUUGAUAAAGAAAAUGAAAAUUCUGCAAGAUUAUCGAAGCAGCAUGCAACAAAAGGACCAAAACAGCGAAACAAAACUUCAACUGAAGUAAUAAUAGCAAUAAUAGUAGAUGGUAAUUGCUUACUAUUAAAACAAUUUCUUCCCUACAUUAACAGAAGGCUACCACGACCCAGCAGUGCACGACCAGCUCCACCCCGUAUAAAACGACAACAGAGUACAGAAAUUUUAAUUCCAGAAAGAAAUGGCAGUGCCAAAAUGGUAUCAAAUGUUAUUAUAGAUAAAGAAGAAGAAGAGGAUGACCAGUUUAUAGUGAAAGCAGAACAGCAGCUACCUGAAAUAACAGAACUGAAAAUGGAGGCAACAGUAGAGCUUGAAGGAGAUGAGAAACAUGGUAGCCUUGUCCAAAGAAUAUUGGAAACAAAGAAGGAUUAUGAAAUGUCACAGUUGCAAAAAUCUGCUGAAAAGGAGAAGCCACUUGUGUCAGAAGCAGCAAAGAGAAAGGAAAAAGAUUUAGUAACUAAAGAAAUAGAGAAAUUUCGUGGCGCCAUUCAGGCCCUUUGUCGGAGUGCUCUCCCUCUUGGUAAAAUAAUGGACUAUAUUCAAGAAGAUGUAGAUGCCAUGAAAAAUGAGCUUCAGACAUGGCAGAAUGAAAAUAAAGAACUUGAAGAGACCCUGCGGAAGGAACAAGGAAUCACAGAUGGUGUUGUGGAACCCUUAAAAAUAGAACUUACUGAGUUGGAUCAAUUAAUCAAAGAUGAAGAAGACAAGAUUUAUACUAGGAGAGCUAAUGUUUUAAGAAACAAUGAAAAAAUUCAGAAGAUGGUUCAUAUUAUCAACUCAAGAAGAUGAAUAGUGGAAGGCUGGAACCCAUUAUAUUGUUUGCAAAUAAAAUUACAAUACAAUAGCUUAUACAAUUUCAAGAAUUUAUUUGGACAAUUGUGGUUGGUUUUCUUGGAAAGUACUGGUUGUAGUUUUUAAAAGUGCAAAAUAUUUACUGUAUUUAAUCUGUUGUGGUUGCUACUUUAAUAUCAAUACCCCUUAUUUGUGUCUUUCUGUAAGACAUUAUUUUUCUUUAUACAGAGUAUGGAAUUUGAGAGGGUUGCAGUUGUGAUUAUCUUAGAACUCUUGGGUAAAUCCCGUAGGAAAAUUUGUAUUUGAAAUCUUGCAAGUUUGGGAGAAACACUGUAUGCCUUUGUGGUAUUAUAAAGACCAAAAAGUAAGAAGUUGAUCCCAUAAGAAAAUCUGUAAUGAAAUUCUUACAACUCAAGAUAAAAAUGCAGUUUACCUUUGUUUAUUUAAGACAUCUUGUAACAUAGAGAAAAUAAGAUAUUGAUCUGAACAUAAUUGGUUACAUUUAUAAUAUACAUUUGCACCCUACUUCUCUCUCUUUCGCUCUCUCGCUCUCUUUCUCUUAUAUUCUCAAAUUAAGUCAUUCUGACAGAAUUGGAAUAUGGAAAUUGCAUACAUUAUGCUUGGGAUUGUGGAUUUUGCUCUUCCUAUAUAGUUUUGCUGUAUUUAUUUUAUGGGAUUCCCAAAUAAUGGAAAACUUGCUGGCCAACCAAAUUAUAUGGUUUCUAGGACCCUGACUUCAUCUAAUGCCAUCUUAGCUUUGGGGAGGAAUGUGUGUGCACAAAUCUUUAAAAAAAUACAGCACCUCAACCUAGCAUGGUUGUUCAGAACUUUUGUUCUGAGAAUCAUUUUUUUAAGAUUCUUAUGCUUAUGAAGUCUUGUAAGUUUAUCAUUAUCAUUUAAAAAUAGCACAACUCAAAAGUAAGGAUUUCCCUUUCCACAUCUCAGUGUCACACUUGAAAGAUAACUGAGACUAACCAUCUGUCUGUCUGAUGAAUUGAUGAAUAUAAAUAUAAACUGAAUGUUUUUUUGUUUUUUGAAACUAUACCAUUUGUUAAUGAAAUAAUUUAAGAAAAUUCAUUUUUUCAUUUGGAAAUCUAUAAUUUCUUUGCUAGUGAAGUUAUAUUUCUCAUGGGUUACACGUCUAGUAAAGUAUACUAGAUGUAGAGCAGAAAGGCAAUUUAACGUGCAUAUUGAAGGGGAGGGGUUGAUUAAUAAAUAUAGAAGACAGUCUUAAUGAUUUGGGAAAGUAUGCUUGUUGCUAUAUUUAAAUUGCUACCAUAUAUUGUACUACAUUUUAUCCAUAUGAUUCUCUAAAUUUUGAUUGGAAAUGAGUUUUAAAUAACUGAAAUAAUCAUUACUGCAAAAGCAGUAAACAGUUUCUUGAUUUAUACAUUUGUUUUUUAUUGUAAUAUUGUCUAUUAUUUUAUGUUAUAUUAAUUAAAUUGUCCUUAAUUAAGAUGCAUUCCAAAUUUGUUUGAGCAUACAACUCAAAUAUUAUCAAAGUAUAUGUUCACUCUCCUUAAACUAUAAAUCUGUCGUUUAAACUAUAAAUUUUAGAAAAGGAAUAGUAAAAAAAAUUGGAUCAAAUGUAUUACCAUAGAUGUUUUUAUGCUAAAGUUGCCAUUCUUUAUAAACUACUUAUUAUUAUAAUACAUUUGAAGCUUGAUAUAAUAUCUGAAAUUUCCUUUUAUAUUCUGUGUAGAUAUCUGUAGGAUUACAUAUCACAUUAUUACAAGAGUCCAAUUUGUUAGUAAAAAUGUACAACGUAAAAGAUCUGUUUUUUAUUAUUUUUUCUAUAAAUUUAAUAAAUUGUCUAUUUUUUGUAUG